GGGGAAUUUUGUUUUUUGAAACUUCGCUAUUGAAAAAGUAUUCUCGCCUAAUUUCUUAACCCUAUAACGUUCAUUAUUGAUUUCUCUUGACCACUACAAGUAAUUCGAUUAGGAAGAGAGUAUUCUUGCUUUUCAUAUGACGUCAUCGAUUUACUGUCCGCCAUCUUUGAGUACAGGUAGCUCAUUUGCAUAUGUGAACUCGCCUCACGUGCUUAGUAUUUUGACUUAAUGUCGGACAGUUUUUUGAGCGAUUCUAGCAAAAACACACUUGUAAAAGAACAGAAUACAGUAGAAAAAUCCUCACUCGUCUUAUCUGAAUAUGUAAAAGGCCUAGAUAACCACGUGCGAUGCCGUUAUGUGGAAAAAAUUGCAGUAAUAGGCAUCGAUCCCUCUACGCUCGAUACUUCACACUUCGAUCCAGAAUGUCUUCCCCCGAUAGAAGCCGGGGAUCUUGUAUCUUACCUUGUUUUAGAAACAAGCUACUACACACUAAACCAGUUUAAGAACUUUAAAAGUUUGGAGGCAUACAAUCAAGUGGUCUCAGGGUUUGUAACGAGCGUUCAAGGAAGAGUUAUCGCAGAUAUGUUUGUUGUCAUUGGUAAGGUUCGUCGAUCGCAAAGAAUGAACGAUCCACCUAUCAAAGUAUGGAUCAUUGCCAAUAAAGAAGGAGUAAUUGCGUCCGCUCAUUGCUUUAAUUGUCUUGCUGGUUUAGGAGAAUCGUGUUCACAUAUCGCAAGUGUAUUAUUUUAUAUCGAAGCGUGGACACGAAUACACGGAAAACUUGCCUGCACUCAGGUCAAAUGUACCUGGUUGUUACCAACGUACGUGAAAGAAGUGCCCUAUUCCAAAGUUAAGGACAUAGAUUUUAGAUCAGCUAGGCGAAUGAAAGUUGAACUUGACAAGAAAAUCGACGAAGGCCAGUUCAACGUUGAUAGCCAAUCCAGCCAAAACAAAGCGCCGUCAAAAUCAGCAGAGUGUAAACCAUCUGACCAAGAAAUUGGCGAUCUUUUCCGCAAGUUAAAUGAAUGUAAAAACAAGCCUGUUAUUCUUAGUCUUAUUUCACCUUAUGCUGAUAGCUUUAUGUUGAAAAGCCGGCGGAUUCCUACCCUCAGUGACCUGUUUGAUCCUGAAAACUUAAAGUUGAACUAUGUUGAUUUGCUAACUAAAUGCUCUGAAAUUGACAUAUCUCUCUCGGAAGCAGAGAUAGAAACUAUUGAGGAGGACACCCGAGAACAGUCACGAACAUCUGCAUUUUCGUUCAGAGAACUGUUCGCAAAAAUGUCUUUUACUUGUUCACCUGGCUCAUCUAACUUGAGUAUUUUGGCAGCAGAGGCUUGAAGUGUUUCUUCGUGUUGUCGUUUACGUCGCAAUUUCCCUCUUUCGGCUCUUUCAGUAUCUCGAAGUUGUCGCUCGUCGUCUCGCUGUUUCUUUGAAUGUCCAAGAUUCAAAGUGGGCACCCAAUCAACGUUGUAUUUAUCCCAACUUGCUGCAGGCUUUCCUGAUACGAAGUGGCGACUACAGACGCGAUCAUGUCGCAAGACUGACUCGGAAAGUUUGUCACGGCUAAUGGCGGAAAGCCAUCUUGUUCGCCGUUCGAUAGACAAUUCUUCGGCCUUUUCGCCUUGAUUUUUGAUAAUCGAUGGCACAACAUAGAACUUGAUAUCUUUAUCUCGGCCAGUGCGAUUAUGGCAAUUGAUCAUUAAGCAGAGAACCAUCGCAAAAACAACUGAAAAGCUCUUUCCGAAUUUGAGUUGCGUUUGAAUAGUUGGUUGUUAGGCAAAGCUGUACUCAAAGAUGGCGGACCGUAACCGUUGUCAAGGAGUUGGUCACGUGAGUGAAA